GGUGUGCUUGAAGGUUUAGCUCUCACCUGCGAAAACUGCAGACACAAAAGUCUCUCCAUGGCGCCUCAUCACAUCCGCAAAUACCAGGAGACUGACCACAAAAGGGUCCAGGACUUGUACUCUCAGGGAAUGGUCGAGCACAUCCCCGCCACUUUCCGCCACAUACUGAAGUUGCCACAAACAAUCCUGGUCUUACUUGGGGUGCCCAUCGCCCUACUCCUGGUCUCUGGCUCUUGGCUCCUGGCUCUUGGAUCUAAUGUCACCCUCCUUGUUUUCCUCUGGCUGCUGGCCAGACACCCUUGGAAGAAGUACGUGGUCAUAUAUUUGCAGACAGACCUUGCUGACAUCACCAAAUCCUACCUGAGUGCCCAUGGCUCCUGCUUCUGGGUGGCUGAGUCUGGGGGCCAGGUAGCAGGCAUAGUGGGUGCUCUGCCAGCGGAGAAUGCCCCCCCAGGGAGGAAGCAACUGCAGCUGUUUCACCUCUCUGUGGCCUUGGAGCACCGAGGUGAAGGACUAGGGAAAGCCCUGGUCAUGACUGUCCUCCAGUUUGCGAGGGCUCAGGGCUACAGUGAGGUUGUCCUUGAUACUAGCAUAGUACAGCCAGCUGCUCUGACCCUCUACCAGCGCAUGGGCUUCCAGAAGACAGGAGUGUACUUUGUUGACAAAAUCUCUAGACUACUGGACAUUUCUACAAUUCAAUUUAAAUACUGUUUCCCAUCUGCUCAGGAAGGAGGCCUGUGAGCUAUUGUUUUGUGUAUCAGGCAGGAUCUGAUUGACAAUCCUGUAGCACAAACAAAACCUGGCAUUUUGGUGU